UACUCAUUCCAGUGCGUGGGCAUGUAAAUAAAUACAAUAAGAACACAUGAUAAAGAGACAGUACUACGUUAUUAUACCCACGUUAUUACUGUAGGGCUCAAAUUCCCGUUUUAAGCAUCAUUACAGAAAACGAACAGCACAUGUAAUCAGGUUGGUCUACUAUUCUACUCGUCCUAAGAACGGAAUUUGGGGGCUUUUAUGAAUAAGUUUGUAGGCUAAGCAUUAGAAACGAGAUGUGAAACAAAUACCGCUCUGCCAGAUGUAAAAACACCAGUCUUCAUAUAAUGCCACAAUGUAGAGGUGACAUGCUCUCUUCCAAACAAUAGGGGCGCUGUUGAUAUGAAAACAGUUGCUUUUGCUGUGAUUGUACGAUCGAAGAAGUAGAGAAGGCGGGUUCGUGUUGACGUGAGCUCAGUGUGGGCAUGCAAAGGAAAUGCAUUUUAGUAGACUUACUUUGCAACUCCAUCAAUGGAUUAGUAUUCAUGAAGUGUUUCCCUGAAGACUCGGAUUGCACAGCAUUGGGAGCAGAAUGAGUCUGGUGCUACAUGAUCUUAUGACAUGCUGCAAAGGGUUAGAAAAUGACAAAGUCACGGAAAGAAAGAAGGAGGUGGAGCGCUUCAAGAGGCUUUUGCGAUCAGGCGAGACCAUCAAGGAACUGGACCGCAUAUCCUCAGUCAAGAAUUCCAAGCAACUCACCUGGGAUGCUGUGUUCAGGUUCCUGCAGAAGUACCUGCAGAAGGAGACGGAAGCCGUGCAGUCUGCCAAAGCCAACGUCUCGGCCGUCACCCAGGCCAACCGGCAGCAUAAGAUGCAGGAGAUCAGCAGUCUGGUCAAGUUUUUCAUCCGCUGCGCAAACAAGAGAGGUCCGAAGCUGAAGUGUGCCGAGCUGCUCUCCCACGUGAUGGAGGUGCUGAGGAGGUCCUUCAGCUGCGCAGCGUACGGAGAGGACUACAGCACCGUCCUGCUCAAGGAUAUCCUGUCUGUCCGCAAGUACUGGUGUGAGAUCUCGUCGCAGCAGUGGCACGGCUUGUUAGAUCUCUACUGUGGGCUCUUCACGGGAGGCUCCGUCAACCGGGUGAUGGUGAGCAGGAUCAUCCACACGCUGGUGCAGGCCAUCAGCCUCCAGACCGACGGCUUCAAUCACACCCUCUUCUGCUUCUUCUCCAAAGCCCUGAGCAACAUAAGGUCAGAGAGGCAGCACGCUGUGCUGGAGCACCUGGUGUCAGCACUUAACGUCUUCCUGCGGAGGGCGCUAGUGAGCUGGCGUCGACGGGCGUGUUCGCUGGGCGAGGAGCUGCUGCCGGGUCUGCUGCACGCCUGGAGCCACAUGAGGCCCAGCCCGCUGCUCAAGGACCAGCUGGUGGAGCUGUUCAGCCUGCAGCUGCAUAUCCACCACCCCAGUGGAGCCAAGACACAGGAGACAGGAGCCCUGGCUGAGGACUGGGGCCAUUGGCAGGGCCUCCUGUUCGGCCUCUAUGGCUCUCUGGUCGGGGAGAUCAGCGAGAUUGGCAGCAGGGGGAAGUACGCUACCGGGACUCGCCACUUCGCUGCCAAGGACAACCUCAUCGAGCUCACCGCUGAUCUCUGCCACCAGCUGUUCAGCCAGGACAGCCGGGUCCUUGAGCUCAGCCAGGCCCACUACAGGGGCGUCCCCCUGGACAGCCCCCCUGGCUCGGGCAGCAAGCGGCGCCGCGUGGAGAUCGGCUGGGAAGUGCUGAGGGACCACCUGCAGCCCAGUCAGAGCGACUUCGACAUGAUCCCCUGGCUGCAGAUCACUGCCACCCUGGCGUCCCGGUACCCAUCCAUGCUGCCCGCGGGGGAGCUGGUGCCCAUGCUGUCCCUCCUGUGCCAGCUGUUGGGCGAGCAGCAGCGGCGCGGGGAGAGGGGGCCGUACGUGCUGCGCUGCCUGAAGGAGGUGGCGCUGUGCCAGGCGUCGCGGCCCGACCUGGCCCAGGUGCGGGAGGCCGAGCUGGGGAGACUGUGGGGCCGCGUGUGGGCUCUGGCCGUACGGGGCGUCAGCUCGCCGCUCUCGGAGCUGCCCAGUCUGGAGCUGCUGAGGACCAUGGUGCAGGGGGGACUGGUGCCGGCCGACAGAGAGUUCUGGAAGCUGUUUGCAGGCUCGGCCUGUAAGCCCUCACUGUCUUCUGUUUUGGGUCUGACCCAGGCUCUGAGGAAGUCUCCUGUGCCGAAGGGUGGUGUCAGCGGUUCAGGGCUCCCAGGGUCGGCCAUGCUGGAGGGGGGCAGGCACCCCCCCCUCAGAGAGGCCAUCAUCUGCUGGCUACUGAUGACCAAUCAGAGCGAGGAGACGGAGGACAGCUCCAAACCCCACCUCCUUCUGCUCAGGGAUUUCCCACGAUACCUCAUUCCCAGAAUCCUAGUGUCCCUGACUCUUAAAGACAGCCAAGCGGGAAUAGCGUUCCUGAUGGACUCCCUCACCCCCGACAGCUUCCUUCCCCUGGACCAGAGGCCCUCGGCAGAUGUCCGGUCUGUCCUGUCUGAGGUUGAGAGCCUCUACCUGCAGUUCUCCUUCGAUGAUGCCCCCCCGUGCCCCUCCCGUGGAGCGGGCGCUGGUGGGGCGACCCCUAGAGACCCCCAGCUGACCCUGGUGCCUGAGCUGAAGGCUAAACUAGAGCAGAGUCUGCUGUCUGUGGCCGACCACCUCCUCAGCUGCUGCUCUCCAGAGAGCCAGGCCUCCGGCCCUGAGUGUUGCCUGCGGUGUGCUUGUCUGCUGGUGGGGGUGCUGGGGGGGUACGUGCGCACGGGGCUCCUCGCUGAAGGAGAGCUCCGCCACUCCCCGCUCUUCCAGAAAGCCAAGGCGCUGGCUGAGGAGUUCAGUGAGUAUGUGUACACGGCCAAGAGCAGGCUGGCCGAAGAGUCUGUCCUCUCCACCAUCAGGGCUGUGAUGCUCAUGUGUACCCAGAGCAUCAGCUGUGUGGAGAAGACGGAUAAAAUGAGCUCAAUCUGCUGUGACAUCUUCUUGAAAAUGUUGCCAGCAAGGCUGCUAACUGAGCUGACAGAGAUCUGUAAGAUAUUGCUGAGCUCGAGGCGGCGAGACAGCCUGUCAGCGGGGGACGUGCUGAUGGACGAGGACGGGGACGGGGACGGGGACGGGGACGUGAGCAGGACGCAGGCGGAGCCGCGGGAGGGCGUCGACCUGUUUGACGACGGAGACGGCCCCCAGCCCAGUGCCAACGGAAGUGCCCACGCCAAAGGAGACGGCACAGAGGUGCCACACUGCCCAGGCGCUAAGAGUGUGCUGUGUGAGGACCAGCUGCUGAAGCAGGACCAUGCCCUGCUGGCGACUCUGUCCUUCCUGUCGCUCUGCUCGUCCUCGGAGCGCCCCCACGGACUGGCCUUCAAACCGGCCGACGUCCGGCGCCGCCUCCUCAAGCUGCUGGACCACCUGGAGUUCGCCCGGCCCCUGCACCUCCACCUGUAUCUGGUGCUGCUGAAGACUCUCCCAGCAGAGGGCGCUAUGUUGCCAUCAGAGGACUUUGAUGCUCUUCUCAGGCCCCUGGCGGACAUGUGUUCUCUGUACCGCCUGGACCAGGAAGUGUGCGCUGCCAUUCUAUUGGCUCUGCUUCCCGCCAUUCACAGCCUGGGCUGGCCGCGAGCCCCCGGUGACGAGGAUGAGAACAUGGAGCACGUGCAGGGGGCUCUGCUCCAGGUCAUCUCUGGCUUCUGCAUGCUGGGUGAAAAAGGGAAGAGCACUGCACCUGUGAGGGCCGCUGUGGUCCAGUGUCUGGGGGCUCUGCUGGAGGUGGACCCCUGCUGUAAGUGGGCGGUGCUAACUAUGGGGGAGGAGCAAGCUGUGAGCGAUGCCUUGCCAGACCAUCUGGCUGACCCUCAUCAUCACGUGCGCAUGCUGGCGGCCAUGGCCCUGGACAGGUUGUUUGUAGACAGGAAGUCAGAGGACGGGGAGGACAGGAGGCUGCUGCCCCUGAAGAAGCAGCAGAAGGCCUUUGAGAACAUCUACCUGAAGGCCCAGGAGGGGAUGAAGAUUCAGAAGUCUGGGGCGUCUGAGGAGCUGCCCGAUGAGACGUGCAACCGGCGAGCCACCCUGCUGAAGAGCGUUGCCAUGGUGAUGUGCUGCAGCCCCGUGUGUGAGAAGCAGGCGCUGUUUGCUCUGGUCCAGUCCUACAAGGAGAACAACAUGGAGGAGAAUCUCAUCAAAAAGGUCUUGAAUGGUGUGUCCCAUACUCUGGGCUACCGCAGCCCCCAGGCGCUGGUCAGUGCUCACCUGUCCUACCUGGUGUCAGAGUGGCUGUGCCAGAGAGAGACGGACAAGAGCUACACACUCGAGGCCUUCCCCUACACACUCCUCAACCAUAACACACUCCAGGACUUCUAUAGGAGCUCGUAUCAGGUGCUGGUUCCUCACCUGGUCUUCCUGGACGACUUUGAGGCGGUGCGCUCCAUCGGGAGCCAGCUGGGCCGUGACUGGAGGCUGCUGCUGGCCGACUGCUUCCCCAGGAUCAUGGUGAACAUCCUGCCCUACUUCGCCCAGUCGGGCCAGGACCCCCGCGCCGCCCAGCACCGGGAGAAGGCCCACCGGGUCUACGACCUCCUCAAGGACGGCCAGUGCCUCGGCAAACAGAAAAUAGACAGUCUGAUCUGCGGAAACCUGGCUGAUAUAGUGGUGGAGCUGCUGAUGACCCUUUAUGAAGACGCAGGAGCAGGAGCAGAGAGGGGGGAGCUGCACAGGUUUACUGGUGAGCUGGACCCCGCGCCCAAUCCCCCCUACUUCAGCUCCUAUGUGAUCAAAGCCACGCUGGGCUACCUGAGCAAGUGCCACAGCGCCACACACAAGAGCCUGGUGGCCAUCCUCUCCAAGACCCCGGUGUCUAUCCAGCGGAUCCUGCUGGCGCUGUGCCAGGCGGGUUCUGAGAGCACCAGUGUGUACGAGCGGCACCGGGCUCUGAUGAUGUACCACCUGUUCGUCAGCCUGCUGCUGCAGGAGGUCAAGGACGGCCUGGGGGGAGCCUGGGCCUAUGUGCUCCGAGACGUCAUCUACACGCUCAUACACCACAUCAACAGCAGGCCCGUGCGUGCGGGGGAGGUGGCCGUGCGGAGUGUGUCCCUGUGCUGUGACCUGCUGACCCUGGUCUGUCGGACGGCCGUCACCUUCUGUGACGACGCCCUGGAGAGCCACCUGCAGGUCAUCGUGGGGACGCUCACCGCGCAGGUCACCGACCAGCCCACCAUCUCCCAGCAGGUGCUAGGCCUGUUGCAGUUCUUGGUGGUGGAGAACCCGGAGAACCGUGCCCUGAGAGAGGCCAUCCCUCUGCUGGAACCGUUCCCAGCCCAGCCGGCCUUCAGGGAGCUGCGGGCCGUACAGCAGCAGCUCAAGUACCGCAGUGGACCCUUCAGUCUCAGACAGGAGAUUGAGCACUUCCUGUCGAUGACUUCCUGUGACUCGUUGCCGCGGACACGGCUUGAGGGACUAAAGGACCUGCAGAGGCUGCUGGGCUCACAACGGCUGCAGAUGAGGCCACUGCUCAGGGAGUGCCAUGAUGACCCUGCUGGUAGUGUAUUGGUGAGGCUUGUCCUGAGUCUCCUGCAGCUUGGGAAAGUGGCUGCCAAUUGCCCUGGAGGAAGUGACGUUCUUGAGGCCAUUGGUAGCUGUCUGGGAGAGCUGGGGCCGGUGGAUUUGUCCACCAUCGCACUGCAUCAUGGGAAGGACAAGGAGUACACCCGAGCGGUAGCGCUGUUUGCGGACGCUGAGCACCAGUGGAUCUUCAUCAUCCUCAGACUGAUGAACAAAGCUCUGACCCACCACAGGAUCGAGGUGAGGCAGGCUGCGGCUGAGUGUGUGAAGGCCAUCCUGGCGUCCCAGUCUGGAGUGCUCUUCUGGGAGGUGUACAAAGACCAGCGCGACCCCAUGCUCGUCUACCUCAGCCCCUUCAGGGUCACCAAGAAGAAGGAUCAGGCGGUGAGGUCAGAGGUCGACCCUGACGGCAGAGAGCGACUGGACAGCGAGGAGCUGUGGCGGCCGUCGCCAGGGAAACACAGGGAGUGGCUGCGAGGGCUGUGUGUGGCGCUGCUGGAGAGCGGAGGGGUGAAGAGCGAAGCGCUGCUCCUCACCAGACCCCUGUGUGAGGUCCAGACGGGCUUCUGUCAGCAGGUGCUUCCCCUCUUCAUCCAUGACGUGCUGCUGGGAGACGGGGGCGGGGCUGGCAGCUGGAGGGAGCUGCUCUCCACACACAUCCAGGGCUUCUUCGCCCACUGCACCCGAUCGCCCAACACCCCGCCCAGCCGACCCACCACGCCCGCGCCCAUGCCCACUGACUCAGGGGACUCUGAUGUGAGCAGUGUGGCACAGCUAGAUAAGGCUUCUCUGCGUACCAUGCUGGCUGUCAUCGACUACCUCAGACAGCAGAGCAAGCCCACCGACUCCGACAGCCAGCCCUGUGGCACGGUGUGUGAGUCUAACUUCUGGCUGGAGCUGAACUACCUGGAGGUGGCACGUGCCGCCCAGCUGUGCUCCGCCCACUUCACCGCCCUGCUCUACUGCGAGAUCUACGUGGACAAACUCCGCUCUGACCUGGAGCACAGGCGCAGAGGUGGGCCUGGAGUCAGCAGGAGGAUUGCGUUUGAUGAGAGCCAGACCCUCUCCAUCAGCAGCGUGAGCGAGAAGAGUGUGGAGGAUACAGGCAUCAGUCUGCAGGAGCUUCUGAUCGAGGUGUACAGGAGCAUUGGAGAACCAGACAGCCUCUAUGGGUGUGGAGGAGGCAAGAUCAUCAGUCCUUUGACCAGGAUCAGGACGUAUGAACACGAGGCCCUGUGGGGGCGAGCCCUGACCUCGUAUGACCUUCACACCAACCUGCCAGAGGUCACACGCCUGGUGGGGAUUGUAGUGGGCCUGCAACACUUUGGCCUGAGCAGCAUCUUGAGCACCUACCUGCGGGGUCUGGACGCUGAGGCGGUGGAGGGGGGGGCAGAGCUCCGGGAGCUCAGGUUCCAGGCCGCCUGGAGGAGCACCAUGUGGGACGACGCCCUGCCCGACAGGGAUGAGAAGCUGAGUCCUGGCUUUAAUGAGUCGGUGUUCACGGCCCUGCAGUCCCUGCGGGAUAAGGAGAUCUGCUUCUUUGAGCAAACCCUCAAGGUAGCCAGGGUGGGUGAGGUUGAGGAGCUGUGUAAGGGCAGUCUGGAGGCCGUCUCCUCCCUCUACCCCUCCCUGUGUAACCUCCAGAGGAUCAGUGAGCUGGACAGCAUCAAACAGCUCUUCUCCAGGCCUCUGAGUGAGCCUGCUUUCCUGGAGGUGAACAGCAGGUGGCGCCAGCACUCAGAGCUGCUGGUGGACACUGAGUUCAGCCUGGUGGAGCCCAUCCUGGCGCUGCGCUCCUCCCUGCAGGAGGUGCUGCUGGUGCGCGAGCAGGAGACGCAGCACAGGGGCCUCCUCAGGGCCUCCUACUGCACACACCUCAUGGAGCUGUGCAGGCUAGCGCGGGGGGCAGGGAACACACAGCUGGCCGAGAGGGCGGUGUUCCAGAUGAAGCAGCACAGCGACGCCAGCUCUGGAGGGGUCGUCACGGCAACGUUGUGGCAGCUGGAGGAGGCGCAGGUGUUCUGGGAGAAGAAGGAGCAGGGGCUGGCCUUGAGCCGCCUCAAGCAGAUGAUUGGCAGCCUGGAGGAGCAGGUGGACAUGAACCCGGCUCUGGCCCCAGUGUACAGUGAGAGUCUGAGGCUGUGUGGGACCUGGCUGGGGGAGACGUGUCUGGAGAGUCCUGGGGUCAUCCUGGAGCAGUACCUGGAGAAGGCCGUGGAGGUGAUUAAGGGCCACGCUGGUGGCUCUGACCCCAGACUGCAGGGCCAGAAGACCGAGGCCUUCCUGUCCCUGGCCCGCUUCUCAGACGCCCAGUACCAGAGCAUCGACAACUACAUGAAGUCGUCCGAGUUUGAGAACAAGCAGGCGCUGCUGGAGAAGGCCAGGGAGGAGGUGGAGCUGAUGAGGGAGAGGAAGGUCGUAAACAACAGGUACACAGUGAAGGUGCAGAGAGAACUGGAGCUGGACGUGCGUGCUCUGGAGAACCUGCGUACGGACCGGCACCGGUUCCUGUUGAACGCGGUGGAGAACUACAUCCGGUGCCUUGAGCUGGGCCAGGAGCACGACACCUGGAUCUUCAGGCUCGCCUCACUCUGGCUGGAGAACGCAGACACCAAGAGUGUCAACGACGUCAUGGAGAAGGGUGUGACUAAGAUCCCCUCUUACAAGUUCCUGCCCCUAAUGUACCAGCUGGCUGCGCGCAUGGGCAGUAAGAUCUCAGGUGGACUCUCCUCCGAGGACGUGGGCUUCCAUACGGUCCUCAACAAGCUGAUUUACCGGGCGUCGCUGGAGCACCCUCACCACACGCUCUUCAUCAUCCUCGCCCUGGUCAACGCCAACAAGGACGACAACUUCUCACGCAAGCAGCUCUCCAAGGGGGGCGCCAAGGGCCAGUCCUCCCCCCUCGACCUGGAACGGUCGAAGGUGGCGAAGAACAUCUUGGAGAAGAUCCGUAGAAAGCGGGGCGCUAUGGUGCAGGGCAUGGAGACCCUGUGCGAUGCCUACAUCACCUUGGCAUACAUGGAUGUCAACCGCUUCAAGAAUGAAAAGAAGGCCAUCCCCAUCCCUACCACCCAACCCCUCACUAAGAUCAAGGACCUGGAUGAGGUCACUAUCCCCACAAUGGAAAUCAAGGUGGACCCCUCAGGUAAGUAUGAGAACCUGGUGACCAUUCGCUCCUUCAAGCCCAACUUCAGCCUGGCCGGAGGCGUCAACCUGCCCAAGAUCAUCGACUGCGUGGGGUCGGACGGGAAGAGCCGGAAACAGCUUGUCAAGGGUCAGGAUGACUUGAGGCAGGAUGCAGUCAUGCAGCAGGUGUUCCAGAUGUGCUCCACACUGCUACAGCGGAACGCAGAGACACGCAAGAGGAAGCUAAAUAUCCGCCGCUACAAGGUGGUUCCCUUCUCCCAGCGCAGCGGGGUGCUGGAGUGGUGCUCGGGCACCGUGCCCAUCGGGGAGUUCCUGGUGGAGCCCGAGAAGGGGGCGCACCGACGCUUCAGGCCCCAGGACUGGACCAACAUGGCCUGCAGGAAGAGGAUGAUGGAAACACAGAAAAUGGGCUUUGACGGGAAGAUCCAGGCCUUCACGGAGGUGUGUCAGAAAUUCCGGCCGGUGUUCCGCUACUUCUGCAUGGAUCGCUUCCGGGACCCGGCCGUAUGGCUGGAGCGCAGGCUGGCCUACACCCGCAGUGUGGCCACCUCCUCCAUCGUGGGCUAUAUUGUCGGCCUGGGCGAUCGCCACAUCCAGAACAUUCUCAUUGAUGAGGAGACGGCUGAGCUCGUCCACAUUGACUUGGGGGUGGCGUUUGAGCAGGGCAAGAUUCUGCCCACGCCUGAGACGGUGCCCUUCCGCCUCUCCAGAGACAUAGUGGACGGCAUGGGCAUUACUGGGGUGGAGGGAGUCUUCAGAAGGUGCUGUGAGAAGACUAUGGAAGUCAUGCGGAGUUCCCAGGAGGCUCUGCUCACCAUAGUGGAGGUGCUGCUCUACGAUCCGCUGUUUGAUUGGACGAUGAAUCCGCUGAAGGCCUUCUACCUGCAGCAGCAGGACGAGCAGGCGGAGCUCAACGCCACGCUCAACCCAACACCAGCGGAGGAGUUGGAGGCACACAGGAAGGCCAGCAGUGAUAGUCAGAGCUUUAAUAAGGUGGCGGAGCGCGUGCUGCUGCGGCUACAGGAGAAGCUGAAGGGGGUGGAGGCGGGGGCUGUGCUCAGUGUGGGGGGGCAGGUCAACCUCCUCAUCCAGCAGGCCAUGGACCCCGGAAACCUCAGCCGCCUCUUCCCCGGGUGGCAGGCCUGGGUCUGAGACAAACUCUGACACACACACACACACACACACACACACACACACA